AUGGACCAAUUGACCGUUAAACCGUUGAGAAGAACUAGAUCGGCUCGUUCCGCAUCUCCGGCCGUGCAUCGAUCCAUCAACCUCACGCCAGAUCACGAAACUUUGAUCAGGCGCUCAUGGCAACGCAUUCCAAAGGACAAAUUUGGCGAGAUACUCAUUCGAGAUUUGGUGAAUCGAAUCGGAAGGGAAUCUUUUGGAGCUGAUGCGACUGCUUUUGAACGACACGCUCGUCAUUUCGUGGACUUGAUCCAAUCGGCUGUCGACAAUCUCUCGGAUGUCGAAGAGGCGCUGCGACCAUGGCUGAACAUUUUGGGUCGAGGGCAUGUUGGAUUCAGGAUAAAGUCAAAGCAUUGGGAUUCAUUUGGUGAAUCGUUGAUGGCCACAGUUUCUGUGUACAUUGGACCUGGCAGAGGACACAAAGAGACGAUUAAGUCCUGGAUGAUCCUGUCGACUUUCCUGGCCGAUCGUCUCAGCGCAGCUUCUCGAUCAACAGCUCAUUCUCCAAUGGUCACACCUCGAUUACAAUUGAUGACUUUCGUUCAACCA